CACUAGAUGGCAUCACACCUUAGUUCGCUGAUGAUUUCCAGGCUUCUCGAGAGAGCUCAAUCUCUUACCGCCAACUGGUAUUAAAGGGCCAGCUGUCAGAAUGAUUUUUAACGCGACUCAGUGACUUGUGAAAGACGGAUAUACGGGUUCAGAACUUAAAAGCUAUGAGCUGAAAAUAUGCUUGGAUUGUGCAUUUAUGAAAAUCAUUAUAAAAGGGAGGACAUACAUUGUAAUUUAAUUGCACUUACCUGUAAACGCCAUAAAGGGAUUAUGCUAUGUCUAUUUUGCUCACCACACUAUACCCAUUGCCCAGAAGGGUGCCUGACACAUAAAGAUGCUCCAUAAAGAGUUUCACAAUCUUGUAAAGUAAAAAUUAUACAGAGCACUGCACACGAAUUUAACGUUCCUUUUUUUUUUUUUCCCGAAGGGAGGUAACGGCACCCUUUGGUGUGGUCCUUCCUGCCCCUUUAAGAAAGUGUAGGGAAAAGGAAGAAAGCGCUGCUGGGAAAGAGGGCGGAAGUCGGCGGGGCCGGGUCACGUGGGGCUGCAGGCUCCGGACCCUCCGCCCUCCUACAGAUUCAAGCGUGGGAAGCAGAAGCAGGAGGCGCAGGGGUAAAGAAUGCACGGAAGAGUAGUAAAGGUGUCUUCCCCGUGCUUUAGCUCCUGGGUGCAGUGUUAGAAAAGCCAGAGAUCCAGAGAGCCCUGUUGGGAUCAAACUGGAAGCCAGGCCCUUGUUCUUUGCCCAUGAGGAGCAACCCUUAUUAACAGCAAUACUGACAGAACCUGUGUUUUGGAAAAGCACUGAUGGCUUUGAGCCUAAGUUGGAAAGUGUUUGCACUAUUUCCCACGAACUGCUGCAGUCUUUUUCUGAGGGCUGUGAGGAGCAGUGGUCUUCCCUCAUUUCCCUGGGGCCACUGUCCCUGGAGAGGAGCUGGGAGCAUUUUGGACCCUGAGAUGAAAGCUUUCCUGGAGGAGAACACUGAAGUCACCAGUAGUGGCAGCCUCACUCCUGAAAUCCAGUUGCGGCUUCUGACUUCAAGAUGCAAGUUCUGGUGGGAAAAAGCUGACCUGUGGCCCUACAGUGAUCCUUACUGGGCUAUCUACUGGCCGGGAGGCCAAGCCCUGUCUAGGUAUCUUUUGGAUAAUCCUGACAUUGUCAGAGGAAAAUCUGUGUUAGACCUUGGGAGUGGAUGUGGAGCUACAGCUAUUGCUGCUAAAAUGAGUGGGGCAUCAAGGAUCUUGGCCAACGACAUAGACCCAAUUGCAGGAAUGGCCAUUACACUAAACUGUGAAUUGAACCAACUGAAUCCUUUUCCCAUUUUAACCAAAAACAUUUUGGAUUUGGAACAAGAUAAAUGGGACCUUGUCGUUCUUGGAGAUAUGUUUUAUGAUGAAGACCUUGCAGACAGUCUUCAUCGAUGGCUGAAGAAAUGCUUUUGGACUCACACAACUCAAAUACUGAUUGGUGACCCUGGGCGCCCCCAGUUCAGUGGACACAGCAUUCAGAAUCAACUGCACAAAGUGGUAGAAUAUUCACUUCCGGAGCCUACCAGGCAGGAAAACAAUGGAUUGACAACAAGCACAGUGUGGCAUUUUCAGCCUUGAGUUCUCAAAGUGCUCCCAAGUAUGGAUAUAGCCAUAUUUGGGUUUAAUCCUAAAAGUUUUCACCAUAAGGGAUACUCUCCAGUUAAAAAAAAAAAUGUUAAUUCCUAUUAUAUGGCAAAUCUUGUUUCCAAAAUAUGCAGGUUUAAGGUUUUGCUAGCCUUUGUUAUGUAACUACAUUUGCAUUUCUGUUUAUGCCAGUUAUACAAAUAUGUAUUUGCAAUCAUUUUUUUUCUUUUUUCUCUAGUUUUACUGCUAUAGAAAUAUGAUUAUAGAAGGUAACACCUAAAAACACCUAAGUAGAGGAGAAUUAGAUAAUUGUAGCAGGAUCUGCUUCUGAAGGUGAAGACAACACUGAUGUCUGAAUUAAACAAAAUUAAAAAAUAUAGAUGAAUUCUGUAUUAAAAAAAAUCUGUAAAGAUCAAAGAUGCAGUUAAUAUGAUACAGAAUACCUGAGCUUUGGAGUAAGGCAGCUUCAUCACUUUCUUCGGAGAUUUUGAAGGCUAAACUCUCCAAGCUUUAAUUUCCUUAUCUGUAAAAUGGUAAUAACAUUCAAUAAACCACCUCAAAGGGCUAUUGCAUUAAAUGAAGGAGUAUGUAAGGGGCCUAAUACAGUAUUUAUUACCUAAACCAAAAAACCAAACCAAACCCGUUGUCAUCCAGUCGAUUCUGACUCAGAGAGACCCUAUAGGACAGAGUAGAACUGCCCCAUAGAGUUUCUAAGGAGCGGCUGGUAGAUUUGAACUUCCGACCUUUUGGUUAGGCACCAAGCACUUUAACCACUGCAUCCCUUGUACCUGUUGCCAUUGAGCCGAUUCCGACUCAUAGUGAGAAAGAUGUGGCAGUCGGCUUCCCUAAAGAUUACAGCCUUGGAAACCCUACGGGGGCAGUUCUACUCUGUCCUGUAGGGUCACUAUGAGUCGGACUCCACUCAAAGGCAACUUUUUUUUUUUUUAGAGGCUUCUUGAAAAAAGGCGUGGUGAUUGACUUCUGACAAAUCAGCACUGAAAAUCCUGUGGAGCACAGUUCUACUCUGAUGCAUGUGGGGUCACCAUGAGUCAGAAUCACCUUGACAGCAACUAGUUAGAGCUUUAAUUGAUGAUCACAGGAAAAAAAGAUAUUAGAAUUUCUUACAUACUCUAUAAAGUGAUACCUUAUGAUGCUUCUUUAUGGUUUAACAUGGUUAGCUAGCAGUUGGUUUGGUACAAUUGCAUGCCCCAGGUUGUCGGAAUCUUAUAUAUCAAUAAAACACUGUAACAAGUGAAAAAAAGCAACGUGAAGAAUGUAUAUAGUAUGUCACCUGUUAUGGAUUGAACUGUAUCACCCCAAAAUAUGUGUUGUAAAUCCUAACCUGUAUGUCUGUGGUUAUAAUUCCAUUUGGGAAUGGGUUGUCUUUGUUAUGUUAAUCAGACAGGACUAGUGUAGGGUGUGUCUUGAGUCAAUCUCUUGAGAUAUAAAAGAGAUUAAAUGAGCAAGGCAGAGAAGCAGAGAUGGGGUAGGAUAGAUGCCAAGGCACAUGGAGAUCUCCAGGGAACCAGGAAGCAGAAGCUGAAGAGACAAGGACCUUCUUCCAGAGCCGAAAGAGAGCCUCCCCCUAGAGCCGGCUCUCUGAAUUCUGACUUCCAGCCUCCUAAACUGUGAGAAAAUAAAUUUGUUUGUUAAAGCCA